AUGGAAGUGCAGUUAGGGCUGGGGAGGGUCUACCCCCGGCCACCGUCCAAGACCUAUCGAGGAGCUUUCCAGAACCUGUUUCAGAGUGUAUGCGAAGUGAUCCAGAACCCGCUCCCCCGGCACCCUGAGGCCUCGAGCGCAGCACCUCCCGGCGCCCGUUUGCAGCAGCAGCAGGAGACCAGUCCACGGCGGCAGCAGCAACAGCAGCAGCAGAGAGAGGAUGGCUCUCCCCAAGUCCAGAGCAGAGGCCCCACAGGCUACCUGGCCCUGGAAGAGGAACAGCAGCCUUCACAACAUCACUCAGCCCCCGAGGGUCACCCGGAGAGUGGCUGCGUCCCAGAGCCCAGAGCUGCCUCGGCUGCCGGCAAGGGGCUGCAGCAGCCGCCGCCAGCACCUCUGGAUGAGGAUGACUCAGCUGCCCCAUCCACGUUGUCCCUGCUGGGCCCCACUUUCCCCGGCUUAAGCAGCUGCUCCACCGAUCUUAAAGACAUCCUGAGCGAGGCUGGCACCAUGCAACUUCUUCAGCAGCAGCAACAGCAGCAGCAGGAGGCGGUAUCCGAAGGCAGCAGCGGAAGAGCGAGGGAGGCCACUGGGGCUCCCAUCUCUUCCAAGGACAGUUACCUAGGAGGCAGUUCGACCAUCUCGGACAGCGCCAAGGAGUUGUGUAAGGCAGUGUCGGUGUCCAUGGGCUUGGGUGUGGAGGCAUUGGAGCAUCUGAGCCCUGGGGAGCAGCUUCGGGGGGAUUGCAUGUACGCCCCGCUCCUGGGAGGUCCACCAGCCGCGGUGCGUCCCACUCCUUGUGCCCCCUUGGCUGAAUGCAAAGGUUCUCUGCUGGAUGAUGGCCCGAGCAAGGGCACUGAAGAGACUGCUGAGUAUUCCCCUUUCAAGGCAGGUUACACCAAAGGUCUGGACACUGACAGCCUGGGCUGCUCUGGCAGCGGCGAAGCAGGGGGCUCUGGAACACUUGAGCUGCCAUCCACCCUGUCUCUCUACAAGUCUGGAGCACUGGACGAGGUAGCAGCUUAUCAGACUCGCGACUACUACAACUUUCCGCUAGCCCUGGCCGGGCCGCCGCCCCCUCCACCACCUCCCCAUCCGCAUGCCCGCAUUAAGCUGGAGAACCCGCUGGGCUACGGCAGCGCCUGGGCGGCCGCUGCAGCGCAGUGCCGCUAUGGGGACCUGGCGAGCCUGCAUGGCGGGGGUGCAGCAGGACCGGGCUCAGGCUCACCCUCAGCCGCCUCCUCCUCUUCCUGGCACACUCUCUUCACGGCCGAAGAAGGCCAGCUGUAUGGGCCAGCUGUAUGUGGCGGAAGCGGGGGUGGCAGUGCAGGCGAGGCAGGGGCUGGAGCCCCAUACGGCUACACUCGGCCACCUCAGGGGCUGGCGAGCCAAGAAGGUGACUUCUCCCCACCCGAUGUGUGGUAUCCCGGCGGCGUGGUGAGCAGAGUGCCCUAUCCAAGUCCCAGUUGUGUCAAAAGCGAAAUGGGCCCCUGGAUGGAGAACUAUUCUGGACCUUAUGGGGACAUGCGUUUGGAGACCACCAGGGACCAUGUUCUGCCCAUCGACUAUUACUUUCCACCCCAGAAGACCUGCCUGAUUUGUGGGGAUGAAGCUUCUGGCUGUCACUAUGGAGCUCUCACUUGUGGAAGCUGCAAAGUCUUUUUUAAAAGAGCCGCUGAAGGAAAGCAGAAGUACCUGUGUGCCAGCAGAAACGAUUGCACCAUUGAUAAAUUCCGAAGAAAAAAUUGUCCAUCUUGUCGUCUCCGGAAAUGCUAUGAAGCAGGGAUGACUCUGGGAGCCCGGAAACUGAAGAAACUUGGGAAUCUGAAGCUACAGGAGGAAGGGGAGGCUUCCAGUGCCACCAGCCCCACUGAAGAGCCAGCCCAGAAGCUGACAGUGUCACAUAUUGAAGGCUAUGAGUGUCAGCCCAUCUUUCUGAAUGUCCUGGAAGCCAUUGAGCCAGGGGUGGUGUGUGCUGGACAUGACAACAACCAACCUGACUCCUUCGCAGCUUUACUCUCUAGCCUCAAUGAACUGGGUGAAAGACAGCUUGUACAUGUGGUCAAGUGGGCCAAGGCCUUGCCUGGCUUCCGCAACUUGCACGUGGACGACCAGAUGGCAGUCAUUCAGUACUCCUGGAUGGGGCUUAUGGUGUUUGCCAUGGGCUGGCGGUCCUUCACCAAUGUCAACUCCAGGAUGCUCUACUUUGCCCCUGACCUGGUUUUCAAUGAGUACCGCAUGCACAAGUCCCGGAUGUACAGCCAGUGUGUCCGAAUGAGGCACCUCUCCCAAGAAUUUGGAUGGCUCCAAAUCACACCCCAGGAAUUCCUGUGCAUGAAGGCACUGCUGCUCUUUAGCAUUAUUCCAGUGGAUGGGCUGAAAAAUCAAAAAUUCUUUGAUGAACUUCGAAUGAACUACAUCAAGGAACUUGAUCGUAUCAUUGCAUGCAAGAGAAAAAAUCCCACAUCCUGCUCAAGGCGCUUCUACCAGCUCACCAAGCUCCUGGACUCUGUGCAGCCUAUUGCACGAGAGCUGCAUCAGUUCACUUUUGACCUGCUAAUAAAGUCUCACAUGGUGAGCGUGGACUUUCCAGAAAUGAUGGCAGAGAUCAUCUCUGUGCAAGUGCCCAAGAUCCUUUCCGGGAAAGUCAAGCCUAUCUAUUUUCACACUCAGUGAAGCUUUGGAAGCCCCCAUUUUCUUACCCCACCUCACUCCUUUUUUCAGAUAUCUUCUGCCUGUUUUAACUCUGCACUACUUCUCUGCAGUGCCUUGGGGAAUUUCCUCUAUUUAUGUACAGUCUGUCAUGAAGAUGUUCUUGAAUUCUAUUUGCUGGGCUUUUCUUUUUC